GACCAGGAGAGGGAAGCGGCUCCACUGCAGGACCAGGACCAGGAGAGGGAAGCGGCUCCUCUGACGGACCAGGACCAGGACGAGACGAGAUGCUGACUCAGCUGAUUCUGGGAUGGACUGCCUUGCUCAGCGGCAUGCAGCCGGCAGUCGCCUCGAGAUUUCUAUCCAGAAACAGGUGGUCUGCCCCAAAAUGUGAAAUCUUCGUUCCUCCUCCACCUCCACCGCCUGUGUUUCCUACAGUUGACCAGCAAGCAGAGCUGAUGGUCGACGUCACGGAGUGCGUCACGGGGGCCCGAGGGGAGCAGGGCUGCAGAGGACCCAGAGGACCUAAGGGGCGACCUGGUGUGACGGGUCCGGAGGCGGAGCUUGGAACACAAGGACCGAUGGGAGCGCCGGGUCAAAAGGGGGAGAAGGGGACCCGAGGCUGGAGGGGCCUUUACGGAGCCGCAGGACCCCCCGGUGUGAUGAAGGGCAGUCGGGGACACAAGGGAUUCAGGGGCGAUGAAGGUGUGAGAGGAAGACGAGGAGCCGGUGGAGUGAAGGGCGAGCGAGGCGUCGCCGCGGCGCCGGGACCGAAGGUAGAGGCCGACGCCCACAACCCGAUCAAUAAGAGUCCAGAGACGCUCUGAGGUUCUGUGAGGUUCUGUGAGGUUCUGUGAGGUUCUGUGAGGUUCUGUGAGGUUCUGUGACGUUGUGUUCAGGGGGCUCCGGGCCAGAGGGGGGAUGCAGGUCAUCGAGGGGAGCAGGG